AAAUUGCCUAAAAAAUACCAAAACAACGCGGGUGGAAAUUAGAGAUGGACACAAAAUCAAUUGCUGUUAAUUAACAGGCUCAAAAAAGAUAAUAAGAGACAAUAACAGUCUGUUGCCAUUCAACAGAAAGAUUUAUUUUGAUUUCUAAAAAUAACAAAAUAUAAAUUUAACACACACUGCAGCGGCAGGUGGUUAAUAUUAAGUGUUAAUUUAAUUAAAAAUUCCAAAACGGAAUUUGCAGAGUUUUUGGCUAACUUCCACUUGUUGUAACCCAUUAGAAUUCCUGGCUUCAAACUGGAUUUGGAGAUCAUCAACAUUAAUAUAACUCGUGACGUGAUUCAUAUCGCAAUUAAAGCUGUAUAAUUAGUAACAAACAUAUCAUAUAAUAAUGGCUACCACAAACGUGAUAGCCGAUUUGUGCAUAUUCCUGCUCACCUGGAAUGUGGGUACACAUUCGCCCAAAGAUUUGUCCCUGACCUCGCUGCUGGCCUUGAACGGAACCACCCAAUGCCCGGACAACCAACUGCCCGAUAUUUACAUCAUUGGCAUGCAGGAGGUCGGCACAAGUAAAUUAAAAAUAUUCCAAGAUGAUCCCUGGGUCCUGAAAAUAGCGAGUUAUCUAUCGGAUCGGGAAUACGUGAAAGUGGAGAGUAAACAGCUCCAGGGAAUACUGAUCACCAUGUUCAGCCUGCACAAACAUGUGCCGCACAUGAAGGAUAUCGAGACGGAUGAGACACGCACUGGCCUGGGUGGUCUCUGGGGUAAUAAGGGUGCGGUAAGCAUACGUCUAAGCCUCUAUGGAACGGGAGCCGUAUUUGUUUGCUCCCAUUUGGCUGCCCAUGAUGAUAAAUUGAAGGAGCGCAUAGAGGAUUAUCAUCAGAUAGUGGACAAUCAUAAAUACAAGACGCCUGGAUAUCGUAGGAUAUACGAUCAUGACUUUGUUUUCUGGAUUGGCGACUUGAAUUUCCGUCUGUCGGGCGAUCUGUCGGCCUGGGAUGUACGCACAUCUGUGGAAAAUGGCAAUUUCGCUGAGCUCCUGAAAGAUGAUCAAUUGCGUCUGCUGCGAGAAUCCGGCAAUGCCUUCAGUCUAAUGGAGGAGCAGUUGCCCAACUUUGCACCAACAUUUAAGUUCCAAGAGGGCACCAAUGAGUACGAUUUAAAACGCCGUCCCGCCUGGUGUGACCGCAUAUUACAUCGCGUGCAACGAAACAUUUACCCGGCCAUUACUCUGAGUGCCAAUCAGUUGUCUUAUCAAUCCAACAUGGACUACACCCUCUCCGAUCAUAAACCUGUUUCGGCAACCUUCAGCUAUAAAAUCGAGACCGCUAAUCUUACCUACACAGAUGAAGAGCUCCAUGAGAUGACUCACGGUGCGGCAGAGACCACCACAAGAACUAAUGUUAGUCUUCUUAUCGCUCUAAUUGCUUUUGUAGUUCAAAUUUAAUUUGAUUUUGUGUUUGCUUUUUGUAGUUGUUUAAUGCCCAGUUAGAGGAUUGGUAGUAGUAGACCGAACCUUCAAUGGCCACUUCCCAAAUUGAUUAAUUAAUUAAUUGUUUAAAUUGAUUUCUUCCAGUGAAAGAAACACUCUAAGCUAAUGAUAUCAAGUACAAUUUAUGGUUGAAUCUCAGCUAGUCAAUCAAAAUGCGAAACAUUUAUACUCUUUACAUCAAACAAGAAAACAAUUAUCAAUUCGAUUGUGAUACAUAAGAAUUAUAUGUUUAUACAUACUCUCGAAACUGACCUCAAAUAUCAAGAUUACAUCCUUAAGAUCAAGACAUUAAUUGUUAAAGAUUAUAUCAAAUUAUUUGAUAAAAUAAAGCAAUAUAUAUAUACAUAUAUUUUUGAGAAACAAA